UCACCAUCGCAGCAGAUGCCAGGAAUAAGGGCUGUUGUUUAAAAAAAAAGGGGGGGCUGUUGUUACUCAUGGUCGAUAAGUUAUCUUGUAUCUUGUAACACUGUCAGGGACACUCAUUUCACAGGAGACUGCAUUAUUCAAGACCCUAUAGACCAUGUAUUUUGUCCCAGGACAGCCAGUGACCGCGGUUGUGCAAAGGAUUGAAAUCCACAAGCUUCGGCAGGGAGAACACUUGAUCCUGGGAUUCAGUAUUGGAGGAGGCAUAGACCAAGAUCCUGGACAAAACCCUUUCUCUGAAGAUAAGACUGACAAGGGUAUCUACGUAACCAGGGUAACACCAGGAGGACCAGCUGAAGUGGCAGAUUUGAGGAUGGGUGACAAAAUAAUGCAAGUGAACGGCUGGGAUAUGACCAUGGUGACCCAUGACCAGGCACGUAAAAGACUAACCAAGAAGAAUGAGAAGGUGGUGCGACUACUGGUAACUAGAAAGUCACUGGAGGAGGCUGUCAAACAUUCCAUGACUACAUACCCCAAACAAUAACCGUAACAUAAUGGAUCUCUCCAUACUACUUAUUGAUACCAUGACCAAGGACCGAUUACUGAUGUGUACUGAGAAUCAAAAAGCAUUUGGGUAAUUUCUAAACAGGUAGCUGACAUAUCCAGAUGUGCGGCUCUUAACGUUUUUCUAUCAUUUUUGAGAAAUAUGCCCAUCUAAUCCCAACAGACUGAGAUGGGAAAUGAAUCAAUUAGUCUGGGAUAGAAAAACACCUUGGAAAGUUGAUAGGAAUGCUAAAAUGUUGUCCCACACACGCACUGAUCAAGGUUGAAAGGUGGAUUCUGUUUCAUCAGAACAAUCCUCUAUCAAAUGGAGUAUUCUCAUAGAGUAAGACGACACUCGUAUUCAGUGAUGAGUCUCUCUUGCUUUACUUUAGAGAACAAGUUAUCACAGUACAAACUCUGAAGUGAACUUUAACACAACACACUUUUCUAAACAGUUGUGUAAAAAGUAGCUGCAAUAUCAUCUAUCCAACAGCAUAUCAAAAAUGAGCGGUUUCAAUAAACCAUAUAUGAGAACAAUUCUUUGGGAGCAAUAAUAAUCAGAAAAGGUUUUAUCUUGACUUGUAUUGUGCUUUUUUUGUUUUUAAGAUCAGCCCAGUACUCUUUGUUCGUUAGGCUUAGAAGUUCUGGUCUUUGUGCUAAAUACAAACCUGCUUAUUCAGUGAUUAUUCAGCACAUUUAAUUUUACUUAGUUUUAUUUUGCAUCCAUUAACAUUUGUAGUUAGUUGUUUUUUUGCCAAUUUUAUAUUCUCAUGUCUUCAAAAGCCAAAGCAAAAUGCCAAGGAAGUGUAAACUAACUGAUGUAAAGAUGCUCAUAUUAUUUGUGUACCCUCAUUGCGUAUACUGUACAACGUUUGUAGACCAAACCAUAUUCACCAGCAUGCAUUUGAAAUUAUCACAGAGUUUGUUUUUUUUUUUACACAUAAAAAUACACAUACAUUUUUGUAAUGUGUUAUCCUUUCA